AUGGCAAAUAAAAUAUUAUCAAUAGCUGACCUUGAGGAGGCGGCUUCCAACUCACUACCCGUCUCCGCAAGAGACUUCUUCAACUCCGGCGCAACGAACCAAGUCACACUUCACGACAAUUAUGCUGCCUACAGAAAGUACCGUCUCUUACCAAGAGUUCUGAGAGAUGUCUCACUUGUCGACACUGGAAUUUCCCUCUUUGACCGAGAUAUCAUAUUUCCGCUCUGUGUCUCACCUACCGGAAUGCAGGUUAUGGCUCACCCAGAAGGCGAGCUGGCCACAAGCCGAGCCUGUGCCAAAUUGGGCGUCAAUAUGGGCGUCUCCUCCUAUGCUAAUCACUCGAUUGAAGAGAUCACCGUCGCUGGAAAAGAAGUGGGACUAAUUCAUCAUGUGAUGCAACUCUACGCGAUGAACGACAAAGCUAAACAAGAACGAAUCGUCCGUCGAGCUGAGGCUGCGGGCUGCAAGGCUAUAUUUCUGACUGCAGAUAGUCCCGUACUUGGGGUGCGCUGGAAUGAAUGGCGGAAUGGAUUCAUGCCUCCAGUUGGCUUGGGGUAUCCGAUGUAUGAAAGGACAUCUACAGAGAUACAGCAACAAUCUCAUGAUGAUGGGUUUAGCUCGACAAACUCGGAUUCCCAUUCCUGGGCCACGGAGAUACCGUGGUUGCGCAGCGUCACGAAAAUGGAGAUUUGGAUUAAAGGCGUUCUCACCCCUGAAGAUGUCGAGACUGCUAUUGAAUAUGGCUGUGAUGGUAUCAUCAUUAGCAACCAUGGUGGUCGGCAGCUGGAUGAGACACCGGCCACAAUUGAUGCGCUUCCUGCCUGUGCUAAAGCUGCGCGGGGGCGGAUCAAGAUUCAUAUUGAUGGUGGAAUUCGAUCUGGGGUGGACAUUUUCAAAGCCUUGGCGCUUGGUGCUGAAUGCUGCUGGGUUGGUCGUCCUGCACUUUGGGGACUCGCGUAUGACGGUCAACAGGGAGUCGAGCUGAUGCUCAAGAUCCUGUUCGAUGACUUCAAGCGAUGUAUGCAGCUCACAGGCUGUAGAUCCAUAUCUGAGAUCAGCUCGGCAAGCCUAGCAAUCGUCAAUGCAUAUGGGCCUUUGGCUAGACUGUGA